AUGUUGUGCAAAGUUCUUGUCUUUCGUUUCACCGAUAAACUUAAAUCAAUAGAAGGAGGCGAUAUGGACGGUGCUGCACGUCAUGCUCAAAGAUUAGCUGGAAAUUUUCUUGAUGAUAUGGAAGCAAUACAAAAAGCUUCUCGAGCAAGAGAUAGACGAGCUAUGAGUCAUUUCGAAACUAAUUCUCUUGAGGAUAGUAUACCUCGUGUCAUUCAUACAUCAUACAGUCGUAAUUUUCCAAUGCAUACAAGUCGUUUGGGUUCAGUGCCACCAUCAUCAGUUGGCACGUAUCGUUCAACGAUUACAUCUUCAGACUAUGGCCUACCACCGGUUGUUCAUAGAAGUUAUAAUCGAACAAGUCGUUAUGUUUAUGAAACGCCGUAUUAUACAACAACAUAUAGCAAUCGCAUUUCUGAACCUUUAAGAACUAACUACUACUACAGUGCUACACCAAGAAGAUAUACAUACUAUUAUCCACCAAUAGUGACCAGUAGACCCUUGUCAAGUUCUGGUUCUUAUAGUAAUUUAUCUACUGAAAUGCAAAGUGAACGUAGACGAAUUGAGCGUCGUAUGGACGAUUUACUGGAAUACAAAUUACCCUCACCUGAAUACUACAGGGAAAUGAGGGGUUCCCUGCGUGCACUGAAUGACAAGUUAGACACUCAUCGCAAAUUGCUUGAUCGAUAUUCCGGAAUCGAUAUGAAUGCUUCAACUGCUUCAGUUCAGGAUCGAAUUGAAUCAAAAUAUCAACAAAUUGCAGACAGAAUGGGCCGUCGAACCACGGCUAUGGGACGGGAUUAGUCUAUCCUGAGGGUAGUCAAACUUCUGAGCUAAGAGGAAGAAUCAAGCGCCUUUUGUGUCGAUCCCGACGUGAUCCUCAUUACUAUCGUUACUUACCAACCGGAGUCGUCUAAAUUUGAUAAUGACUAAAUUCCAUGUUCGACCAUGGUGUUCUUGCUGUUACUGUUAUUAUUCUUAAUACUACACCGCAUGCUUGUUCACUUAAUGUCCCUUCAAUACAAACGAUUUAUCUACUUAGUUAUACCCUUUAUCUUACAAUUACAACUUUUGUUUUAAUCUACCUUUCUUUGGCGACAAUUCAAAAUAAAUUAGCAAUUUUAAUUUUGAGAUACAAAAUUGUUCCCCCCGACCUAUUUAUAUACAUAUAUUUAUACAAACAAAUGAAAAGAUAGUUUUUCGAGUUUUUUUCUUCUUACUAAACAACUUUAAUUAUCCACAGAAAUAUCUAUCAUCUUUUGUUGCAAACUGAAAUUAACAAUAAAGUAAAACAAUUUAGUUUGAAAAAGAAAAGCAAGAAGAACCAAUGACAAAUUCAAAACAGAUUAGACUUGUUUUAAUUUCGUUCUGUUGUUAAUUAAUACUAUUAAAGUUGUUACAAUUAUCACAACAUUUGUUUGUUCUUCUUUUGUUAUCAGUAUAAAGUUUGUUCUGUCAAAAUUUAAUUCGAUUUAAUUUGUUCCGUCAAUCACUGAAAUAAUUACAGAUGAAUAUUUAAAAUGCUUUUGAAGGAGCUUUUGUUCUGAUUCUGUUUUCCUCAUCUUUUCAUUCGCUUGUUUUUCCCUCGACUUUCUGUCUUUUUGGUUUCACUUUGUAUGAAGUGGAUCAGAUUCUGCUUAGGUAUUAAAAAAUGCUAUAUACAGUUUAUUUUGAUUGUUUUCUCAUAUAAUUGCUAUCACAAUGCAGUUAAACAGAUACUGGUUGUUGGAAAGGAAGGAAACUUCAGUUGUUAAACAGAAAAUUAUGCAUUACAUUUAGGCUUGUUUAAUGUAAUAAGAUGGGUUUUGCACGAGAAACGUUGUGUACCUGAGCUAACUGACAACGCAUUUAUUUUUCAAGACAUUUUAUAUGAAUACGGAAAACAAAAAGGUGCCAAACAAUUUAAAAUUAGGUACCAGGAGUUACAAAAGUGAAAGAAUAACAGUAAUAAUAGUUAUUAUGAAGACAUACGGACGCAAAUAGACUGUGAGGAGAAAACUACUUAAAAAAGGUAUAGUGAUUAAAUAUUCCUUAUAUUAAAAUGCUUCUAAAUCCUCAUGUAUAUAAAAAAAGAAAGGUAACUACUGAUUGGAUUUAAAUAAUGCACAGUGACAUCUCAGAAACAUCGGCAUCAG